CUGAUGUUCCUGAACAUGGCUGUAGUUGGUUCAACAGCUGACGGCAACGUUGUAUAAGCUUUAAUUGUCGCAUAACCUGUAUCGUCUAGACAACUGCUGUAAAUUACUAUUUUCGGGUGCUACACAUUUCUGUAGACCUUAACAAUGUUUGGAAUGACAGCGGCUCGAUUUGCUCUCACUAUAAGAACGUUUGCCUCGAAGGCUGACAAAAUUGGGAAUCUCGUAAAGCAAAACAAGGUCGUCGUGUUUAUGAAGGGAGUGCCAGAAGCCCCUAAGUGUGGUUUUAGUAAUGCUGUUGUACAAAUAAUGCGAAUGCAUGGAGUAGAGUAUGAUGCUCAUGAUGUACUUCAGGAUGAUGAUCUUCGGCAAGGUAUAAAGGACUUUACGAAUUGGCCAACGAUACCACAAGUAUUCAUAAAUGGUGAAUUUGUAGGGGGCUGCGACAUAAUGCUCCAAAUGCAUCAAAAUGGCGAGUUAAUCAAAGAGCUUAAGAAAGUUGGAAUAGUUAGUUCUCUUUUGGAAAAGGAGAAAGUGUCUUCCACUGCAGCUUCUGAGGAAUCGAAGAAGUAGAUCAUCAAUUCAUGCUGUAAAUAGAUAAAAUAAUAACAUUUUUAUUAACAUAUAACCUCGUUAUAGUCGACUUUUUGUUACAAUAAAAGUUUCAAAUAUAAAUUAAA